AUGAAGAUCACGGCGCUCGUCGUGCUGAAGCCGUCGGCGGGAGGCGCCGGGGGCUCCUCCUCCAGCGGCGGGCAGGGCUCGGAGGCGCUCGUGCUGGCCAACGCCACGGACGUCAGCCACUUCGGCUUCUUCCAGCGCGGCGCCGCCCGCGAGUUCAUCGUCUUCGUCGCCCGCACCGUCGCCCAGCGCACCCAGCCCGGCCAGCGCCAGUCCGUCCAGCACGAAGAAUACAAGGUUCACUCACACAACAGAAAUGGCCUCUGCGUGGUGGCAUUCAUGGAUGAUCACUAUCCUGUACGAAGUGCAUUUUCUCUUCUGAAUAAGGUACUUGACGAAUACCAGAAGGCUUUUGGGGAUGCUUGGAAAGCUGCCACAGCAGAUUCCACUCAAGAGUGGCCUUUCCUGAUGGAAGCUUUGACAAAAUUUCAGGAUCCUGCAGAGGCUGACAAGUUAACAAAAAUCCAGAGGGACUUGGAUGAAACAAAAAUUAUCCUACAUAAAACUAUAGAGAAUGUCCUUCAAAGAGGAGAGAGGUUGGAUAGCUUGGUUGAAAAAAGCUCAGACCUGAGUGCUGCUUCACAGGUAAGCAUAUAUCUAUCUGUUUUCUAUUUACCUCAUGAGUGCUUUUGUGUUUAA